AAAAAGUCGUAACUUCCCUUUGGCAGUAGGGUUUUCCAUUUACCAAUUUUUGAUAAUCGGAGGUAGAGCUUGUUCGUAAGGCUUGAGCACUGGGCAGCGCACAUCAACGGUUUUUGGAGCUUGUUUGCAAGACUUGGGUAGUGCGCAUCAAUGAUUUUUACACACCGCAAUAUUCUGCAACUUUUUCUCUCCUCCCUUUCUCCCUCCGCGUCUCUCUCUGUCUCUCUCUCUCUCUCUCUCCAACAAUUGCCCCCCACAAAAGCAAAACCGCUAAAAGAAAAAACUCUCACAACCAACUGUACGUAGGGAGGCGGAGAUUGAGGCCUCCACAGACCGCUCUCCAAAGAAACCAUUAGCAAAAACAUGGCUUCUUUGAAUCAUUUUCUUUGUUUCUCUCUCUUUUCCUUCUUCCUCCUGUCAAGCUUGGCCUCCUCUUCCACGUUUCUUUCCAAUGAAUUACUUGAGUUUCAUGGAUCCACUGGCCGUGCCCUCCUUCAGACGAAAAAAUCUUGCAGUGUAAACUUUGAGUCUCAGAACUAUACAAUCCUCACCAGCCGGUGCAAAGGACCCCAAUACACACCAGAGGCUUGUUGUGGUGCUUUCAAGGACUUUGCUUGCCCUUUUGCCGAUGCAAUUAAUGACCUGACAACCGAUUGCGCUUCAACCAUGUUCAGCUACAUCAACCUCUAUGGAAAAUACCCUCCGGGCCUGUUUGCAAACCUGUGCAGGGAAGGACAGCUUGGACUUAAUUGCACCAAUGUAGAGGAACCCGAAGGGAAGAGCAAUGGAGGUCAGAUGGCUGCGACACAGUCCACAUUGGUAAUGAUCACAGCUUGCUUGCUAAUCUUUUUCUUCCAUUGGUUCUGAGGGACUAAAUCUGGAUAACCGCUCUACCUGUAUUUAUUGAUCUAUUAUCCUCCAUAUUAAAAUAUGGUUGCCUCAAAUCUGGCUUCCUUGUGGGUUUUCUCCGGUUUGUAAGCCAAAGUUGGUAUAUACUACCAUAACCUAAUUGUUUGUGCACACAUGACUGUGAGCCUGUUUGAGAGUGUGACAUUCAUAGAAGAGGUUUGAACUACUUUUGCUGGAUUUCUCAUCUUGUAAACGAGAGUCUAAUUUAAUUUCUCCUCAGAGAGAUAUAUGGUGACAUAAUUGGUUUA